UAUAUCGUAGAAGAGGAACCAGUGACGUGUGAAUGGACGGAAGAAGAAAUCCAACAAUACGCAUCAUCGGGCAAAGAAAGUAAAGAAGAAAAGAAAGAAGACGAUGAGGAUAUGAAUUCCAUGGUUUUGAUAAAGAGACACAUAGAUUACAAGAAAAGAAUAAACGAGUUAUUGACCGACAACACUUUCGUCUCCGUUCUAUUGAAGUGUCGGAUGGAACACAAGAACUAUGCUACGGUGUGCUAUGAUCAGUCAGCACUUAGCUGCACUUUAUCAAUGCCCGACGAUCUCCAAAUCAGAAUAUCGAGGGAAGGUCAUUACGAAGUUUCGAUGGCGGAUGGAAUUAAUCUAAAUGAUUUUCACUUGAAGCAAAGGAACUUCGAUAGAAGAGAAAUAUUACGAAGCACUUAUUCAAUACCGUAUGAUUGGCUGUUUCCAUUUGGAAGGAAUGAUAAUGGUAUUUGGAAAAAUACCCACGAUUUGCCUCUAAUGGACCAUACCAAAGCUCCACCGAAAUUAUUGUAUAUUCGUAUUUUGCGUGGCUUCAAGGAACCAAGUGGAAAUGCGGUGAUCGAUAUCCAAAGAGCCCUUGGACGCUAUUGGAUGUCUUUGAUUCAUAACUCCGAUUUCCAUCCAUCUCUCAUCAUGGACCAAGUACCAACUUUCUCGAAGAUGAAGCCAGUGUACAAUUAUCUCGAGGAGAAUCUGCGCGAAUUAUCAUUAGGUAACAAAAAGAAGAUCAACGUCGAAAUAUACGAAUUGGGGUUAGAGAGAGAAUGGAUAUCAGCGAAGCCGAAGAUUAAACGAAAAUCGAUAAAGUAUGAAGAAAUCCUGAAGUACAAGAUCAUGAAGAGAGAGGAGCUCAAAUGGUACAAACGUUGCAUGAGGGAAAAAUUUAUUCUACCUUAUUUUGAGAAUAUUACUGGCACGUGUUUCCUCUGGAUAAAGGAUUGUAUGGAAUACGCGUUACACAAUUAAACGGAUUUCGAUUCCUCGACUUCGAUCAGAUCGUGACGGAGUUUGUAAUUAAAUUUGGAUUAACUUGUUGGUCGACACCGUGCUUUCUGCGAAAUUUUUCCCGGGAUUAAAUCAAUUUGGUCAUAGAGCUUUCGUGCCGAGACCACGACUACUCGUGGACAAAAGUUCAAGAAACGAGAUAAACUAGCGCGGAACUACGGCUAAUAAACAACUUCCGGUGAAAAUUAACUGAACGCGAUUAUCUCAACGAGCAAAUAGCGACGAGAUGUUGGAAGAAAAGGAUAAUAGAGGGAGGUCGACGUCGUUUGUAU